UUGCUGGGCUCUAAACGUGGGUGCUGGGUAUACUCACGGGUAGCUUUUUGUUCUUUGUAUUUUUCUUUAAAUCUCGCAUUUGUCCUCGUUACGCAUGUGGCUUUUCUUUAUUUGCUUGUUUUGUCUGUUCCUUUUACUCUUUCGCACAUCCAUUUUAGACGACCAGGUCAUAAAUCGUCGUUUUCAACACGGGAGAUCCGAGAGCAGCAUCAACGAAUGCAGCAGAAAUAUCGUGAGGACACGAAAAGAGAACGACGUUUCACGGAUCCCGUGGAUUUUGAAGGCAUUUUGAAUAUUAUUGGCGGAUGUUCUUGGUGGCAAAUUUGGAUUUACGUUCUUAUUGCCAUGCAACAAAUUCCGCAUGCGAUGUUUAAUCUGAAUGUCGUCUAUAUGAUGUACGAUCCGGAGCAUUGGUGUGAGGUACCUGGCUUUAAUGACACUAAUGACACAACUACUUACGAAUGGGGCCUAAACGACGUGCAGAACAUUUCGUUCGUGUUUCCAAACGAGAAUGGACGCGGUGGAACAUAUGUGCGAGAUUCUUGCCACUACUAUUCUCGUCCGAUAGAACGCUACAAAGAACUAAGGAGAAUGCCACUAAUGAAGGCCGUACAGAAUGCGUGGAAGGACAGCGCUGAGAAGAAGAAAUGCGAAAAAUACCAUUACAGGACAGAUGUGAUGCGUGAGACUAUUGUAACUGACUGGAAUCUGGUGUGCGACGAUUACUUCAUGAAAGGUCACGCACACUUGUUUUAUUCAUUCGGCUAUCUGGUUGGAUGUAUAAUCGGGGGCAUGGCAAGUGACAACUUUGGUCGCAAACCUACCGUCAUUGGUUUUGGAAUACUGUCGUCAAUGUUCGGCGUCUUUCUACCGUACACCACCUACUAUCCGAUGUUUUUAUUUAUUCGAUUCUGUAGUGCAAUAUGUAACGAAGCUGCCGAUCUUGCUGCCUAUACACUUUGUAUGGAAAUCACAGGUACACGGUAUCGAGCAAUGGUUGGAAGUAUGUUACAAGUACCAUGGGCAAUGGGUUAUGCGUUGCUAGCCCUUAUAGCAUAUUUGGCUAAAAGCUGGAAAACUGUACAGGUGAUUGCUGCCGGUCUUCAUUUUGGUGCUGUGCUUUUGAUUUGCUCGCUGCCGGAGUCGCCUCGAUGGCUGAUGGUGAAGGAGCGAGUUAACGAAGCGGAGGAAGUGAUUCGCAAAGCAUGCAGGACGCCACCUUUUCCGUUUAAUCUCUGCCGAAUCAACAAGGGGUCGCUCCCAUCUGAUCUCGAAUUGGUCUGUCAUCGUGAAAAACGACUAAACAAGAAAGGAAAAGUUGGUAUGUCGGAUUUGUUCAAAACACGAGAAUUGCGAUUCCGAACCAUUACCAUAUGUAUCGUAUUCAUGGCUACUGCUCUUGUGUACUACGGUCUUGUUAUCGCGUUGUCGGAUCAGUCAGCACCAGGUCGAGUGCUGUUCACGGGGAACUUCUUUCUUAAUAACGCUGUUGCUGGCGCCAUUGAGAUUCCAACGCUGUUCUGCUGUGUGUGGUUAAUGAAGUUCGGCCGAAAGAAGUCUCAGAUGUUGACGCUCGUCUGCGGCGGUAUCUCAAUUAUUGUCGCGAUGUUGGCUGUGAUCAGUGAGAAUUAUAUGUUGGCUCUUUCAUUCAUGAUGAUUGGCAAGAUUUGUAUUCAGGGUGCAUUUAAUAUUCUCUACAUAUUUACAUCUGAAUUAUAUCCGACCAUCAUCAGGAACUCAGCUGUCGGGAUGACUUCAAUGGUGGCAAGAUUUGGUGCUGGAGUCUCGUCGUACAUUGCACUGCUGUCGAUCAACUCAUUACCAAUUACGCCUAUGAUUAUUUUUGCCAUAUUCUCGUUGUUUGCUGGUAUGCUAGUGAGUGUUUUGCCAGAGACAAGUGAGAAACCGUUGCCAGAAACUUUAGAUCUGACGUUUCGGCAGUAUUGUCUUCUUCAGAGCCUGGAGGGGUAUACUGAUAUACAAUCUACUAGACCAAGCGCUUCAAUAACACUUACAAAAAGACGAAAAACCUUCUUACACCAUCUUGCAGGCAGAUCGCCGUCAGUGUUUAAAAUGUUGGACAAUUCACUUCAUCGUCUUCCGGAAGCGUUUGACGAUCAAUAA